AUGUGUCUGUCAAAUAUUAGUCAAACUUUCUUCUCCUUCCCACAUGCCACUUCCCAAGGACCACCUUGCAGCAGCUGGGUGUAUCUCAGCCGGAGCUCAACGGGGCGGUGCUGUCUGCGGCCCAAAGGAUCAAACAAGAACAAGAAAGUUCGUGCCCAGAAUCGCUUGGUGCGAAGACUAUGCUAUGCGCUGGAGUUUGCCUUCAGGCGAGGUUUGUUCUACGCGGUGGAGCAGCCCGCAUCUAGCCUGAUGCCGGAGUACAAGCCGUUCAAGAAACUUCUACGUCGACAUGGAGCUGUGCGAGUUCAUAUUUACCUCGGCGCCUUUGGCGCCCCCACCUUGAAGCCUGUGGUGAUAUGGACAACUAGUCCAUUCCUGCGCCAGCUCGGAGAGGUCGUGACAGUUGAAAGGCGAGAUCAGCUUCGAUCCAUACGAUCUCAGCUCAACCUCAAGCUCGUGCGGCGCUACGUGGAUAAGCGCGGGGACUUACGUGUGGACGCUUGGCCUUUCACUUCGCAAGAGCCUUUUUGA